ACACCAUUGCUGCAGCUCAGAUUCGUUUGUUGCCAAACUUUUUGCCAUCACCAAACAAGGUCACGAAGAGCUAGAAACCAUCAUUCGCAGCAAGUGAAGAAAGCUUAAUACAGUUAGCACCAACUAAUGAUCAAGUAGACAGAGUAAUCAGUGCAAGAGCUGAUUUAAUGAAAGAGUUUGGACAAAACCUUCAGCCAUUUAUGGUUGUUGUUGGAGAAGAUUGGAAAAGCUUAACAAAUUUUUAUGCAUGCUCAGUGGGUAAAAAAGCACAGUGGGUAAAAAAUGCUGGUCUAGAUAUUACAAAACUCAAUAAGCAAUCGUUCAUUUGUGAGUACCACUUCACCUCAGACAUGUGGGAAAAAGUACGUGUUGAUGGAACAAAAAAACUGAAAAAAACUGCUGUCCCAACAAUUUUCGGUGAUUUAGUUACUCAAGUUAAAUAUGACUUGAAGAAAACAAAUGAAAGUCCAGUAUCAUCAUCAUCAUCAUCAUCAUCAUCAUCAUCAUCAUCAUCAUCAUCAUCACUAGAGCUAGAACAACGAAUAAUAACGAUUCAUGGAGAUUCACCGGAUGAUAAAAAAUAUUUAAUCAAAAAUAGAAUAUACCAGGAACCACCUCCAGAACUUGCACUAUUGUUGGAUAAAAAUAUGGCAUAUUUGAAGAGUAAAAAAAAAGGCACAGGAAAAAAAACCUCUAGCUUCAAGUAA